AUGGAGAACGAACGCGGAGAGCUCGUCGACCUUUACGUCCCCCGCAAAUGCGUAACCACCGGACGCAUCAUCAGGGCCAAGGACCACGCCUCCGUCCAGCUCAGCGUUGGCAAGGUUGACGAGAACGGCCGCUACACCGGCGACAACCAGGCCUACGCCAUCUGCGGUUUCGUCCGCGCCAUGGGCGAGGCUGACGACAGCUUCAACAGGCUCGCACAGAAGGACGGCUUCCUCAAGUCCGUCUGGAGCGCAAGCCGGUAA